CAGCUCCUGCUGGACUGGGCUAAACUGGGCCGGGACUGGAGCUGGAGCCGGGGGUCGAGGGCUGGGCCGGGGGCCGGGCGGUUCCGGAAGAUGACCGAUGGCGCCGGCUUCCACAAGCAGGAGCUGAACAAGACAGUGUGGGAGGUGCCAGGCCGCUACCAGAGCCUCAGCCCGGUGGGCUCGGGUGCCUACGGUUCAGUCUGUUCGGCGUAUGACACCCAGACCCGGCAGAAAGUGGCGGUGAAGAAGCUUUCCCGCCCUUUCCAGUCCCUCGUCCACGCCAGGAGGACUUACCGCGAGCUGAGGCUGCUGAAACACAUGAAGCAUGAAAACGUCAUCGGCCUGUUGGAUGUCUUCACCCCGGCCUCCUCCAUAGAUACCUUCAAUGAAGUGUACCUGGUGACCAACCUGAUGGGAGCCGACCUAAACAACAUCGUCAAGUGCCAGAAGCUGACGGACGACCACAUCCAAUUCCUCAUCUAUCAGCUUCUCCGGGGCCUGAAGUACAUCCACUCAGCGGGGAUAAUCCACAGGGACUUGAAGCCCAGCAACCUGGCCGUGAACGAGGACUGCGAACUGCGGAUCCUGGACUUCGGCCUCGCCCGCCAGGCGGAUGACGAGAUGACCGGCUAUGUGGCUACGCGCUGGUACCGUGCCCCGGAGAUCAUGCUCAAUUGGAUGCACUACAACCAGACAGUGGACAUCUGGUCAGUUGGCUGUAUCAUGGCGGAGCUCCUGAAGGGUGAAGCGCUCUUCCCCGGCAACGACUACAUUGACCAGCUCAAGAGGAUCAUGGAGGUGGUGGGGACGCCCAGCUCGGAGCUGCUGAAGAAGAUCUCCUCAGAGCACGCCAGGAAAUACAUUGAGUCUCUGCCACAUAUGCCAGAGCAGGAUCUGAAGCGGGUGUUUCGAGGGGCCAAUCCGCUUGCUGUGGACCUCCUGGAGAAGAUGCUCGUCCUGGACAGCGAAAGGAGGGUCAGUGCGGCCGAGGCUCUGGCUCACGCUUACUUCGCCCAGUACCAGGACCCCGAGGAUGAGCCCGAGGCCGAGCCCUACGACGAGACCAUCGAGAACAAGGAGAGAACAGUGGAUGAGUGGCGAGAGCUCACGUAUGGGGAGGUGGUCAGCUUCAAGCCUCCAGACUUCAAGCUGGACACAGUGGAGAUUGAGCCGUGAGCCCUGCUGCCCUGGCUGGAGGAGGAGUAGGAGGACGGCAAGGAGGAGGAGGAGGAGGAGGAA